UGCUACCUGUAGCAUAUUUUUUUGUGUGGUGUGUGGCCAUGCUUGGAGGUUAUCGUGCUCACGCGUUGCAGCCCCAAGUACAAGCCAUGCUUCGAGAAGCGUUCGGGCUCGACAAUCACGACCGUCCAGCCACAUCUACUCGCCAGGCCAGUGUUGGUAGGAGGACAAUCAGCGGCAAUUGUUGGCUGACUGGCUUGAUACUGACAGCUGUCCUCGGGAUUGGCAUCAUAGUUGGGUCUAUGAGAACACUGGCAGUUGCUCGCUCGCCCAGUGAAUCCGGCUCACUUUCGAUGUGUUCAUCAUCCCAAACAAUUGACAGCAUCUUGCCCAGCACCGCCAUUUAUGCUCCUGGUCAGCACUUCGCGUACAAGUUGAUCGAUGAGAAUGGUGCGGCGGUAGAGAUGAUCUUUGAAGCUCUUCAUGACCAUCCUUGGGUCAAAGCAACGACAACGUUGCACCAGGGCUUUGGUAUGCUGACCAAUCAUGCCACGGCCACACGGCUCGGAGUCAGCUUUCGCUCUGCCGAAAACCAAGAACCAGUCAAGCUUCCGUAUUUUGCAAUGUCUUUCGUUCAACUGGUGGAUACAAGUUUUCACAGUCACAAGAACAUCAAAAUUGUGGGCAACUGGACUGAUGCAGUCGUUGCACAAGGCACCACAGUCUUGGUUCACCACCAGGAUGACACCGGCAACUGGAUCUCCUUCCAAGCAAGCAAGACGGAUGUUCACCAACAGGCUCCAAGUAGCCCUUCGCUUCUCACCAUGGAUCAGUUCAAGGAAGCAGCCACUCUGCGCUUCGUGGAGGUUGAAUCAUUUCAGAUUCACAUAGACGUUGGAGUGCACGAAAUGCAUGGUUUCCUUUUCUCAACGACGGCAGCAGUGCUGUGUGCUGAGGUCCCCCAUGCAGAUAAUCCUCCGGUGAAAUUUGUCACCAACCCACGUGUCUUUGAAUUGACAGUGAAGGAGACUGACAACACACACAUUGUCAAAGCAAAAAACAGCUCCCUCUUUCAGCUCUGGUACGUCAGAGAAGGAGACAAUGUCCAUGUUGGAGAUGCGCUGUUCCAAGUGACCUCAAUGGACGGCCUUCAAGAUGUGAAAUCCGAUGUUGCUGGCACAGUCAAACAUUUGCAAGCACUGCUCCCCGGUGGUUUUGUGGACGCUGGAGCACCCAUCAUCGUUAUUGACACAAGUGGCACUGAUUGGGUGUUCAUCGCAUCAGUUAGUGUGGCAGCAAUUGCAGUCAUUGGGGUGGUCAUUUGUAUCUGGCGGUGUUGUUGCAACAAGUCUCCAGAUCCUGAUCCAGACGAUCCAGACGAUCCAGAGAAACCGGAAUCCAUCCCGUAUACCAUUCUGGAGUUCGAGACCCCCAGCGGCUGGAAGCAGGUUGCAGAGUGGAAGCAUCAACCAUUGGGACUUGGAUUCUAUGAAGAAACCAGCCCACCACAGGUGGCUUAUGUCGGAAAGGAUGCGAUCCAUUUGGGUGUGAAGAAGGGCGAUCAUUUGGUUUCUGUCGGCGAUCCAAAUACUGGAAUGAUCAAGACAGAAGGGAAGGCUUUCGACAGUAUUUGGCGCGAGAUGAAGACGCGAGCAGACCGUCUUCCUUUGGUACCUCGCUUGCUGCUACGAUUUGAGAAGGCAGGUCUGCAGCAGGAUUUUGAGUGGCGGACGAAGCCCUUAGGGCUUGUUUUCUCAGAUUCCCUGCCUAUGACCGUGACUGACGUGCACGAGGAAGCAGAGCAUAUGGGUGUGCAAGUCGGUGAUGUUUUGACAGGCUACGGUGCAGAGUCCCACCUUCUCAAGAGUGUGGAGGGCAAAUCUGCAGAGGAAAUUUGGAAGGCGAUCACUCAUCGGAUGGCCGGUUUUCCCGUAGCGCCUAGCCUGGUAAUGGUGUUUGAGCUCCCGGACAAGUCCACGAAGGAAUUCUACUGGCGAGCUCGACCACUGGGAAUUGAAAUUGGAACAUCUCUCCCCAUUGCUGUUGAAAAGGUGACAAGUGAACGCUCCAAGAGCCAGGGCAUCAAAGUUGGUUAUAUUUUAAAAAGCUUUGGUGACAACUGGCGAAAACUAGAGGUUGCUGAUGGCAAAGACGCCUCUAUGAUCAUUGCAGACUUGGAGAGGUUUGUUGACAAGUUGCCACAUGCUAGCAGAUAGCUCUUGCGCACAGACAGCAGAGAUGAAUAGAGAAUAUGUACACUUGUCGAGACUGGAUAAGUCUUGCAUUCUCCUAGCAGAAAUCCAUCUGGCCUCUCAGCAGUGCUGACAAGAGUAGCUCAUCCAUGCUGAUCCGUCCAGCGUGCUUUUUUGCC